CUCCUCGUGGCUACAUGCAGUGCUAGCCCGGGGCGGGGGAGCGUACUGAGCGGUGCCAUGGCCCGGUGGGAGGAGGUGAGAGUGAGCGGCUACGACGAGUGCGCCCAGGCGCUGCAGGAGAACCGCGGCAGCCCCAUCUUCGUCUACUUCACCGGCUCCAAGAACGCCGACGGCCGCAGCUGGUGCCCGGACUGCGAGGAAGCUGAACCGACUGUACGUGAGGCGCUGAAAAACAUUACUGAAGGAGCUAUAUUCAUCUACUGCCAAGUAGGAGACCGAUCUUACUGGAAAGAUCCAAACAAUGAAUUUAGAAAGAACUUGAAGAUAACUGCUGUGCCUACUCUACUUAAAUAUGGGACUCCUCAGAAGCUGGUGGAGUCUGAAUGUAGCAAGGCCGAUCUGGUGCAGAUGCUCUUUACAGAGGACUGAUUCUCUUUUUUUAAUCUUCUGACUUUUUUAAUCCAUUUGCUAGCUUGAUGUAUGAUCCCCUUAACACUGUCACAAAUAUGAAACUACUAAAAACUAAACAGGUGUUGUGGGUGCCUACGACCCCUUCGCUUAGAAUAAACUACUUCUAAUCAA